AUGAUCCCGCUGCCAUCCAUCGUGGAGACUUGCACUCUUGAAUUAAGUGCAACUCUGAACCCUGUCCUGGGUGGCAUUCUCCAUGCGACUUUUGCUAAUACGACAGAGCUGGUACUAGGUCUUGUGGCGCUCAGAUACCACGAACUGCAAAUCGUACAAGCCACUAUCCUUGGAAAUAUCCUGCUGAACCUUGUAUUCUUUACUGGCUGUUGUUGCUUAGCUGGCGGCCUCAAAUUUCGACAUCAAGACUACAACUCCUUCAUCGUCUCCCACUUGUCCAUUUUUGCCGUCAUCCUAAUUGGCAUUCUGAUAAUGCCAACCGCGCUGGCCUCGACGACAAGUUCCCCCCCUGCCAACGGGAAGCUACAUGGACACGAUGGAAGUCUGACCCUGGGAUUAGCGAUCGUUUUGCUGUUAGUCUAUUGCGCAUAUCUUUACUUCCAGGUCUCGUCUCAUGCCGACCUGUUCGAUGACGACGAAUUUUCUACGGAAGUGGAAGAAAGCGACGACAUUUUGCACCCGCUGCCAACGGGCAUUUUGCUGUCUUGCUCAACUUGCUUAAUUGUACUCUAUACACACAACAUCCUGAACAGCAUUCCGGGGAUGGUAAGCGAUUUUGGGGUAAGCAAAAACUUCAUCGGCUUCAUCAUCUUUCCAAUUAUUGCGAACGCGUCCGGUCUUGGACCACACAUACUCGUGGCUCGGAAGAAUCGUCUGCCGCUUGCCUUUGGCUGCAUAUUAGCGACGGUCAUACAGAUCAUCCUAUUUGUGGUACCGGUCUUGAUCAUUGCUGGACAGAUCGCUGGUAUGGAUGAACUGAAUAUGGCUUUCGACCCCGUUGCAGCGAUAGCAGUGUUCAUCGCGUCUCUGAUUGCGGUCCUACUCCUUCAGAGUGGCUUGUCAACAUAUUUCGACGGCAUACUUCUUCUGGCGUUGUAUUCCGUCAUUGUAAUGACUCUUUAUGACGUUACGGAGCCUGAGGGGCUAGGACCGCCAUAG